AUGGCGGGUUACUACAGAUGGAAAAGCUUCGAGGAGAACGAAGAUCGUCCGGAGAAGCCUCGCCGUUACGGUGUCACGGAGAUGCGCGGUCCUCGUUACUCCGUUCUCAGCCAAAACGUUCUUCAGGAGAUUUUCGAUUCGAUGGGGCAAUUUGUUGAUGGAUUAAAGUUCUCGGGAGGCUCGAACAGUUUGAUUCCAAAAUCAUUCAUCAAACAAGCCAUUGAAAUGGCUCAUGAACAUGAUGUUUAUGUUAGCACUGGGGAUUGGGCUGAACAUAUGGUUCGUAGUGGUCCUUCAUCUUUCAAAGAGUAUGUUGAGGAGUGUAAGCAGUUGGGGUUUGAUACAAUUGAGCUGAAUGCAAGUUUGCUUGAAAUCCCUGAGGAGACACUUCUACGAUAUGUACGUUUGAUUAAGAACGGUGGUCUCAGAGCCAAACCUAUGUUUGCUGUGAAAUUCAACAAGUCUGACAUUCCUGGGAAGAAUAGAGCAUUUGGUUCCUAUGUUGUUCCAGAACCUCGAUCAAGCGAGUUUGUUGAGGACAUAGAUCUCUUGAUCAGAAAGGCUGAAAGGUGUUUAGAAGCUGGGGCAGAUACAAUUAUGAUCGAUGCAGAUGAUGUCUGCGAAUACGCAGAUUCUCUCCGAGCAGAUAUAAUCGCCAAGGUCAUAGGACGGCUAGGAAUAGAGAAGACUAUGUUCGAAGCAUCUGAUGUGAAGUUGGCUGAAUGGUUCAUCAAACGUUACGGUCCAAAUGUGAAUCUCUAUGUGGAUCAUUCUCAGAUUAUGGAUCUUGAGUGCCUCCGUGGUCGUCAUUUAGGGAAAGAUCACAAAUCCGUUGUCAGUUCCUCCUACUUCUUGUUUUAA